AUGUCUAAUGUCUUUUUCCCCUUCUCCAAGGCGCCCUUGCGCACCGUCAAGGAGAUUCAAUUUGGCCUCUUCUCGCCAGAGGAGAUUAAGCGCAUGAGUGUCGUUCACGUCGAAUACCCAGAGACCAUGGACGAACAACGCCAGCGCCCCCGGACCAAAGGUGUAAAUGAUCCUCGUUUGGGUACUAUUGAUCGUCAAUACAACUGCGAGACCUGCGAAGAGGGCCCCAAAGAAUGUCCUGGACAUUUUGGCCAUAUUGAGCUUGCAUCUCCAGUUUUCCAUAUCGGUUUUUUGACGAAGAUUAAGAAGCUCCUCGAGACCGUCUGCCACAACUGUGGAAAAAUUAAAGCUAACCAGGCUGAUCCCAAAUUCUUGAACGCUAUUCGGAUGCGAGACGCCAAAAAGCGCUUCGAAGGCAUCUGGAAAGCUUCGAAGGACGUAUUGGUCUGUGAGGCCGACCCCACUCCAGAUGAUGAGGACUUCCAAAAAGAAGACAGGAAGAAGCACCUCCACGGAGGAUGCGGCAAUGCCCAACCCGUUGUUCGCAAAGAAGGAAUCACCCUUGUCGGUACAUGGAAGCCUAGCAAAGCUCAGAUUGAGGAGGGCGCGCAAAUAGAGAAGAAGGUUAUCACUCCCGGGAUGGUUCUGAAUAUCUUCCGAAACAUUUCUGUCCAGGAUGUGCGAAUCAUGGGCCUCAGCAAUGACUACGCCCGCCCGGAAUGGAUGGUUCUUACUGUUCUUCCCGUUCCACCUCCAACCGUCCGCCCCAGUGUUAUGAUGGGAGCCACAAGUGGUUCACGGGGUGAGGAUGAUUUGACCUACAAGUUGGCUGAAAUUGUGCGUGCGAACCAGAACGUUCAACGCUGUGAACAAGAGGGUGCCCCAGAACACGUUAUCCGUGAGUUUGAGUCCCUUCUGCAGUACCAUAUCGCCACCUACAUGGACAACGACAUUGCUGGUCAGCCCAAGGCCAUGCAAAAGGGAAACCGACCUGUCAAGGCUUUGCGUAGCCGUUUGAAGGGUAAGGAAGGUCGUCUGCGUCAAAACUUGAUGGGUAAGCGUGUCGAUUUCUCGGCUCGUACUGUCAUUACUGGUGAUCCCAAUUUAUCCCUGGAAGAAGUUGGUGUGCCAUAUUCGACCGCUAAGAUUUUGACCUACCCUGAGGUGGUCACCCCCUACAACAUUGAGAAGCUGCAGAGGUUGGUCUCUAAUGGACCCAACAUUCAUCCCGGUGCACGAUACAUCGUUCGAGACAACGGUGAGCGCAUUGAUCUUCGUCAUGCUAAACGUGCUGGUGCUCAGCAGCUGCUUUAUGGCUGGAAGGUUGAGCGUCACCUUGACAACGGCGAUGUUAUUCUAUUCAAUCGUCAGCCUUCGCUUCACAAGGAAUCUAUGAUGGGUCAUCGCGUCCGCGUUAUGCCAUUCUCGACUUUCCGAAUGAAUCUGUCGGUCACAUCUCCUUACAACGCCGAUUUCGAUGGUGAUGAAAUGAACUUGCACGUCCCCCAGAGUGAGGAGUCUCGUGCUGAACUCUCGGAGUUGGCCCUCGUCCCGAAGAACAUUGUGUCCCCUCAGCGCAAUGGUCCUCUGAUGGGUAUUGUCCAGGACAGUCUGUGCGGUAUCUACAAGUUAACUCGUCGUGAUGUUUUUCUUUCCAAGGACCAAGUCAUGAACAUUAUGCUCUGGGUUCCUGAAUGGGAUGGUGUAAUCCCCCCUCCCGCGAUUCUCAAGCCUCGUCCUCGUUGGACCGGAAAGCAGAUGAUCAGUAUGGCUUUCCCGUCUGGGUUGAACCUAUUGCGUAUCGACAAGGAUAGUUCGCCUCUCUCUGAGAAGUUUAGCCCUCUCAAUGACGGCGGCCUGUUGAUCCAUGGUGGACAACUCAUGUACGGCAUGCUCUCGAAGAAGACCGUCGGUGCAAGUGGUGGUGGUGUGAUCCAUACUAUUUUCAACGAAUAUGGCUGUGACCAAGCUGUCCAUUUCUUCAACGGAGCUCAAAGAAUUGUCAACUACUGGCUUCUACACCAUGGUUUCAGUAUCGGUAUCGGUGAUACGAUUCCCGAUCGCCGUACCAUUGAAAAGAUUGAGGAGGCCGUACGAGAGCGCAAGCAAGAGGUCGAGCAGAUUACAGCUAGUGCCACUGAGAACACCCUGGAGGCUCUGCCUGGUAUGAACGUCCGUGAAACCUUCGAAAGCAAGGUCUCUCGUGCUCUUAACAACGCUCGUGAUGAGGCCGGUUCUGCUACUGAGAAGAGUUUGAAGGAUUUGAACAACGCCAUUCAGAUGGCUCGGUCUGGUUCUAAGGGAUCUACCAUCAAUAUUUCCCAGAUGACGGCCGUCGUCGGACAACAGUCGGUGGAAGGAAAGCGUAUUCCAUUCGGUUUCAAAUAUCGUACUUUGCCGCAUUUCACGAAGGAUGACUACUCCCCCGAGUCCCGCGGAUUCGUCGAGAACUCUUAUCUUCGUGGUCUGACUCCCACUGAGUUCUUCUUUCACGCCAUGGCUGGUCGUGAGGGUUUGAUUGAUACCGCAGUCAAGACCGCCGAAACUGGUUACAUUCAGCGUAAGCUGGUUAAGGCUCUGGAAGAGGUCAUGGUUAAGUAUGACGGCACUGUUCGUAACUCUCUUGGCGAUAUCAUUCAGUUCAUCUACGGAGAGGAUGGUCUUGAUGGUGCACACAUCGAGAACCAGCGUGUUGACAUCAUUCGCUGCUCCGAUGAGAAGCUCCGCGAACGCUUCCGUAUUGAUCUCAUGGACCCUGAGCGCACUCUUGGCCCCGAUGUUCUGGAGCAAGCCAACGAGAUUGCUGGUGACAUGGAGGUUCAGAAGUACCUCGACGAGGAGUGGGAGGCUAUCCUCAAGGACCGUGCUUUCCUGCGUACCGUGGUUAAGGAAGACGACGAAAUGAUGCAACUGCCCAUCAACAUUCAGAGAAUUCUGGAGAUGGCACGAACUACAUUCCGCAUUCGCGAAGGCACCAUCAGCGAUUUGCACCCGGCCGAAGUUAUUCCCCAAGUGCAGUCUCUCCUGGACCGCUUGGUUAUCGUCCGUGGUGAUGACCCCAUCUCACGUGAGGCACAAGAUAACGCCACCCUGCUUUUCAAGGCUCAGCUGCGUAGCCGUCUCGCCUUCCGUCGACUCGUUACGGACUAUUCGCUUAACAAACUUGCCUUCCAGCAUGUCAUUGGUGCUAUUGAGAGUCGUUUCGCUCGUGCUGCGGCUAACCCCGGUGAGAUGGUUGGUGUUCUUGCUGCUCAGUCUAUCGGUGAGCCUGCCACUCAGAUGACCCUGAACACUUUCCACUUUGCUGGUGUGUCGUCCAAGAACGUCACUCUGGGUGUGCCUCGUCUUAAGGAAAUUUUGAACACUGCUACCAACAUCAAGACACCUUCCAUGACUGUCUACCAGCAAGGUCAAGAGACCUUCAACAAGGAGGGUGCCAAGCAGUUGCGAAGCGUUGUCGAACACACUAGCUUGCGAUCUGUCACCGAGGCAACUGAGAUUUACUACGAUCCGGAGAUUCAAACUACUGUCAUCGAAAACGAUCGAGAUAUGGUGGAGUCAUACUUCAUUAUUCCCGAGGAUAGCGAGAAUCCUGAUCUCCAGUCCAAGUGGCUGCUUCGUAUCGUGCUCAGCCGUUCCAAGCUUCUUGACAAGGGUCUUACUGUGCAAGAAGUUGCGACCAAGAUUAAGCAGGCCUACCCUAUCGAUAUUGCUGUCAUUUUCAGUGAUAACAACGCCGACGAGCAAGUUAUCCGUAUUCGUCAGAUCAAUGAUAGCAAGGAUGAGGACGACGAGGAUAUCGAGUACGAUGUCACCUUGAAGAAGCUCGAACAGCAUCUUCUCGACACCUUGACCCUCCGUGGAGUUCCCGGUGUGGAACGUGCUUUCAUCAACGAAAAGAGCCGAGUUCGCGUGCUUGAGGAUGGUACUCUGUUCACCAGCAAGUCUGAUCCUCUCUGCAAGGAGUGGGUUUUGGAGACUAGCGGUUCCGCUCUUGCUCCUGUUCUCGCCAUUCCUGGCGUUGAUGCUACCCGGACAUACUCUAACCAGUUUAUCGAAAUUUUCGAGGUCUUUGGUAUCGAGGCUGCACGUACUGCUGUGCUUCGUGAGUUGACUCAGGUGCUGGCCUUCGAUGGUUCAUACGUUAACCACCGUCACUUGGCUCUUCUGGUCGAUGUGAUGACCGUUCGUGGUUACCUGACUCCUGUCACUCGUCACGGUAUCAACCGUGCCGACAACGGUGCCCUGAUGCGUUGUUCCUUCGAAGAGACUGUGGAGAUUCUUCUGGAGGCUGCUGCCUUUGGAGAGCUUGAUGACUGCCGUGGUGUGUCAGAGAACUUGAUUCUUGGACAAAUGGCUCCCGCUGGAACGGGUGAGUUCGAUGUCUACCUCGAUCAGAAUCUGCUCAAUACCGUUGUUUCCAACAAUGCACGCUUUGGACUUAUGGGUGGUGUUGGCGCCAAGGAUGCUAUCAUUCCGGAUGGCGCCGCGACUCAGUACGACACCGGAUCCCCUAUGGCCAGCUCUCCAUACCUAGCCGAUGGCGACCCAGAUGCUAGCUUCUCGCCCAUCCGCCAGCCUGGCGCAGAGAGUCCCGGUGGAAUCACUCGAUACCAGCCUUCCGACUAUGGCUUUGGUGGACUUAGCCCUGGAGGAGCUCGUAGCCCAGGUGGCAGCUACUCUCCUACUAGCCCGUUCAAUACCAGCCCGACAUCUCCUGGAUACUCUCCAUCCAUGAGCUAUUCUCCCACGUCGCCUGUCCCAACUUUGCUCCGACGUCCCCGGCUUACUCGCCAACGUCCCCGGCUUAUGGACAAGCUUCCCCUACGUCUCCGUCCUAUUCGCCUACCUCACCUGGGUUUCUCGCCGACUUCUCCGAACUACAGUCCUACGUCGCCCAGCUUCAGUCCAGCCUCGCCUGCCUUUAGCCCGACUUCACCUAGUUACAGUCCUACUAGCCCUGCUCUGGGUGGCGGUCGUCACUUGUCUCCGACUUCUCCGACCUCACCUAAGUACACCCCAACCUCUCCUGGCUGGUCUCCCACGAGCCCCCAGUCAUACUCGCCAACGUCUCCUAACUUUGCUGGUGGUUCCCCCACGUCGCCAACGUCUCCUGGCUACAGCCCAACUUCCCCGGCUUACAGCCCGACGUCUCCGCGUCAGUGA